GACAACCUGGACAACCGGGGCAACCGGGACAACUGGGAUAACCCUGACAGCCCUGAAAAGCCCUGGGACAAACGGGACAACCAGGGACAACUGGGAAAAGCCAGUCAACGGGGACAACCGGGACAACCCGGACAACCAGAACAACUGGGACAUCCCGGUCAACUGGAACAACUAGGACAACCGAGACAACCGGGAAACCUGGGGACAACCGGCACAACUGAGACAACCGGGACAAUCGCGACAAAUGGGACAACCGGGACAACUGGGACAACCCGGACAACCAGGACAACCGGAGCAACCGGAACAUCCGGGACAAAUAGGACAACCGAGACAACCGGGACAACUGGGACAAUUGGGAUAACCGGGAAUAAGGUUUUUAAACCCUCCAUCAUCAUUAAUUCGCCACUCCAAUGUCUUUUACUUUCACUGAAAAUACCCAACAAUAAAGAGAACACUUUAUUUAAUAUAGUAAUAAAAUUUUCACUAAUGCCUUUUUUUUGCACUUCAAGUUCAUGUGCUCUGAUCAAAGUACUUCUUUCAGUUUUCAUAACAUCAAAAAUAAACUUUAUUAGAAACAGUCAUGUAUUUCCAUAAUCUCUUAAUCCAAUCUACAAUGAGAGAUCCAGGGUGUGAAGGAAGAAUGGCCUGGGAGUAAGCGCCUAAGAAUCGCGACCCGGAGCCCCGGGUUCGAGUCUCGCUCUGACCAUUAGCUGCAUUUGUUUCUCAGUUGUCUCGAGUUUAAAUCCUCGGCCAUGCUCGGGAAAAGGCUAUUGAAUUGCCUCCUUAACAAUAGAAUCCAAACUAGUGAAUUCAGAAUGUCGGAACUCCAAACUGUUGAAUUCGGAAUCAUCCGUCAUCAUCCGGCCUACUGAUCAUGUUAACAACCACGAUAUUUCGAGCAACAACAAUUUGCUAACAGUUCCGUUUCAAUAAGUCCAAACAUUUGAAUUCAGAAUGUUGGAGAUCCAAACAUUCGAUUUCCAAUCCAAAUGCCAUGACUUCAAAGAAUUAAAUUCAGAACUCCAAACAUUUAACUUCAGAAUGUCAUAACUCCAAACAUUCGAUUUCCAAUCCGAAUGCCAUGACUUCAAAGAAUUAAAUUCAGAACUCCAAACAUUUAACUUCAGAAUGUCAUAACUCCAAACUCUUGAAUUCAGAAUGUCGCAACUUUAAACUCUCGAUUUAAGAAUAUGGAAACUUCAAACUCUUAAGUUAAGAAUAAAUCGGAACUGCAAGUUAACUCUUGAAUUCAGAAUGUCUGAACUUUAAUCUCUUGAAAUCGUUCCUGUCAUUCACUUUUAAUGAAAAAAAAGUUUGAAAAUGAUGUUUUUGAAAUUGAUUUUGGAGCUUAAAGGUUUCUACUGGUUUUAAAACAUUUGUCUUGUAUUCGGAAUAACUUAUCCACUCAUAUAUGGGGGCAUUCGGCUGAAAAAUCUUAGCAAAGAAAAGUUGAAACUUUUUACAUCUAAAGCACAGUAAUCAUCUUUAAAUGUUGGAUUUCGUUGAAAAUAGCUUCGGUGUAGUUCUUCAUCUUAGCAUUCGUUGUUUACACGCGAGGUUAGACUUUUCUCCUCUGUGCGUAGACUGGAUCUAUCUUUUCUAAUAGCUUUCUUUCUGUUGAUUUGCUCUUUGACCUUCUUUAUCGCCCAAUUCGGGUAACCACAUGUAUGGAGGGCUGUUCUUAUGUGUUCUUCCUCUUGUUUACGGUCUUCUUCUUCCGUGACAAAGCUGUCACUCCUUUCCAAUAACGUCCGUAUGACAGCAAGUUUGUGCUGAAGUAGAUGAUGCGAUUGAAACGACAGGUACUGGUCUGUUUGUGUGGCUUUCCUGUAAACCAGUAGUUUGAUGGAUCCGUCCUCCCUCCUGGUGAUAAGAGUGUCCAGAAAUGGGAUCUGGCCAUUUCUCUCUGGUUCGUGCGUGAAUGUGAUGCUGUAUUUUUUGUCUAUUCCGUUGACAUGAUCUGUCAGAGCCUCCACCUUUCCCCUCUUAAUGAUUUCUAGGAUGUCAUCCACAUAUCGUUUCGUAGCUUAGGUUUAGAGAAACCGGACACAGUUCCAUGCAGCCAAUGCGAAAAGGUAUAUAUCGGUGAAACAGGGAGACAGCUGGGAACCAGGAUCACAGAACACAGAAAGGCAGCAGAAAAGAUCUCUGACAGAAAUUUCACAAGAUCCACCCGCAGAGCUUUUACCAAUGAACACCAUAAAUCAGCCAUAACAGACCACGUCUGUCAGAACAAUCAUAUUAUGAAUUGGGAAGCAAGUGAAAUAGUUGAGCAGGAAAGUAACAAGUUUAAGCGAUGGAUCAAGGAAAGCAUAUGUAUUAGAUCGAACCCUCCUACCAUGAACAGGGACGAGGGAGCCUAUCAGCUUUCUCCCAUAUGGACACAAGUGAUCUCCACCCCCAAACCAGGGGGGAGGGGGCGUCUACAGAGUGACUUUGCGCGUUUCUCGCAAUAAUUAACUCCUUCAGAAGUCUAUUUAAGGCUUCUGACACUUUUAAUGUUUUUCAAGUUUUGAUAAAGAUGGCUGACAGUCAUCGAAACUGUCAGCAUCAAUAAGACGUUAAGACUGUCUAUGUUUUAAGAACAUUUCAAUCGACAGAGCAACCCUAUGUUCAUGGAUGCUUAAAACGUUAUAGGCAGGAAGGCGUAUGUGACCUUUGCCAUCCGAGUGAAGCUUUGGCAUUACAUCAUUAAAGGUUGGACUUUCUAGCCAACAUUGCGAACAUUUUGGUAAAUAUAGCCCUUAUUACACGUUAUCGGGAAAUAUUAUAAAAGGUGAGCGACUCUGAAUUAAACAUUUUGCACUCUAAAAUAACCAUUAAUUCUAAGGAUGUUUUCCAUAUUUGCAUUUAUGGUUUAUCAUUAUUGAUUACACGGUGGUCAACACACCAGGUACAUUAAAGCCAGCCAUUUCUUUCAUAUAACAAAUGAUGUUUUGUCUAGUUAACAGACUGGCAAAAACUUCAAAAUUCCUUUUAUAUUUUCUUGGCAUAAGAGUAUUUAUUAGUCCUAGAGUAAUCUGUAAAGGAGAGACCUUUCAUUUAAUUUUUAAAGGAUAAACUUAAAACGAAACCACGGAGAUGACAGCGAACUGUGUCCGGCCAAUAUUUGGUAAAACAACAUACAUCAAAAUAUGUUCUUUGGGUUUGACCCAUAGGACACUGAAGAACUAAACAACUAAAUGAUCUUUCAUUGCUUGCUUUUGUCGUCUUUUUUUCUCAAAUGAUACUUGGAAAAGACGAAAAUAGCAGGUAUAACCAAACGGGUCGAGUGUUAAAGCACCUGCCGAUUUUAUGCUUGAUUGCCUUUAAUCUCAGUUCUAGUUCGCUAAAAUCGAAAAUAUAAAUCUUAGCUUCAAAACGUUUCUAUUUCCAGACUGCCAUACAAAAGGAGCAAGGUUUUAUCUAUGUCCCAAUGUGAUGACCUUCUAAGGGAGACAACACAGACAUGAGAAUUCUGGGGCUUGUCCUCAUACUUUUUCUAUCAGAAAUUUCUGCUUCCCGUUCAGGUAAGAGGCAGAAAAUUAUUUUUAACAGAAUUUACAAAUAACACCUAUUGGUUGACCUUGAAAGUAAGGUUGUUUAUAGAACUAUUUGUACGAUGAUAUGGAUUGUAAAAUUCGACAUUGCAGUAAAUUUCUAUCACUUGUUUUUGAAGUCUUGAACCUAUCCAAAUUACUACACUUCAGGGGCAGCUGAUAAUUGCUUUAUCGCAUGAGACAUUCAACGUAUAACCAGGUGUCUCUUAUUUAUUGUGAACUAGGAAGGAAAAAAACGAAAGUGUACCACGGCAAAAGGAACUUUCUAGCAGAUGCUAUGCGUGAAAUGGAAAGCGGCGAGAAGGCAUCGAAUCCCGUCUCUGCAGUAGGAAGCGUUCCAAACGUCAUCAAAGUUGUAAUGAAACCGGAAGUACCUCCACGGCGUCAUCACCACCAUAGACAUGGAAAAAGACAUCGGGAAAACCUCGCAUCCUUUCUCAAGCUAGCUGUAAGGCUUGAUAAAGCUAUCAAGGGAUCACAUAAUAACAAGAGUGUGCAGCAAGACAACGCAGAAAACGCACUCAAAGAUACUUUUCAAUUUCUUGAAAGAGUCAAUGAACAAUUACAAAAUAUGUCACAAACAAAUACGAAUGGUGAGCGUAAAAUUUCUUCUGAGGUAACCAAUGGUUCCAAGGCAAAAGUAACCAAAGAUCUGGUGCAAAAUGAUACGUUUCCAUUAAUUCCUGAAUUGAGAAGUAUCGUUGUGCAUGGAAAGCCAUUUGACCCAGACGCAACAAGGGCAGCAUUUGCGAAGGCCAAGCAAAUUGUUUGGGAGAGCGUUGGGCAAGAUCCCACAGGAACAGAUAUAGGUCAUCUCAAUAACACUAAACUAACCAAUGCCGUUGCUUUGCUUGAAAUGGCCGUAAGGGAAGCGGAAAAAAUGCAACGAAAUAAUACGAACAUUGUCAAUCAAGGAAAGAGUGCCAGUGACAAAAUUCCUGACACCACCCAGCUCAAAGUGCCGAGUCAGAGAUCAAAACAAGAUUCACACCAGUUAAAAAUUCUUAAGCGUCUUCUACUACAAGAGCUUAAACAGGCAAACUACACUAAAGACCAAGCCGGUAUCGUUAUCAGCGAUAUACCGUUUCAGAAACUAAGGGGCAAUGAGCAAGCUAAUGUAAUGCAGAAACUACAUAAACCAUCAGACAACUCCUCCUUGGAGUCCAAACCAAGCUUCAGUAGCAAAAGCAAAAAACCGACUGGCGGCACUUCGGCUCUCUUAGACAAAUACACUUCAUUUAUCACUAACAUUCUAAAAGCUGCACACCUCAGCUAUGUAAAGAAUUUGACUAGUGAUGCAAAGAACAUGCCAGCUAAAAAUAGCACCAAUUUGAGUCUAAACAAGCAAACACAGGGAAACAAACCGGUUAUUCCGACACAUGGUAUAGGGAAUAUUUCUCUCGAGGAAUCAACAAAAGGCCAGCAGAUCAACGAGCCACAAAAUGGAAAAGGAGAUCAACUUCUGUCAUUUGCUAAUGCAGUACAGGAGCAAAAUCAUCAUCGGCAGCAACCUCAACAAAGGUUUUUCCAGCCUAUCUUGUCUAAAGACCGUCUGGCAGCAAGAAAAGCAUUUGGUACCGCCCAAAAAUUGGUCAAAGCAUUUCAGGCCAGACAAGAGCUUUAUAAAGCGGAGAACGAUUUCUUUAAAAGAGUUCAUGAAAUGCUGAAUAAAAAGGAUGUAAGCGAAUCACCGGCUGAGAAACAAGAUUCUACUUUAGCUAGCCAGCCGACGGUGGCUAGUCCUAUCCAAUCCCCAUUAAGCCAGCCACCGGUAAAUACUGCAAACGGCUUAACGGGCCUUGGGGGAGAAGGUAAAAAAGAAACAUCAGAGGCUCAGAAAAAGUUUGAAGAGGCGGCACAUCUUGAAGAAAAAGUUGCAGCCCAACAGGAUGCGAUGUACGAUGCCUUAAUGGGUCACUCGACUAGAAACAAAGGGCUUGGAGGAUAUAACGAAGAUGGAGCCAUCCGUGGAAUACCGGAACAAGACGAUGAUUCCUACAACACGGAAGACUAUGGUGAUUUCAAAGAUAGUGACGAGGAAGCAGAAAGAAAGUUUUACCACGAUCAUCGCCAGGGUGAUUUUGAGUCCAAAGCUGAAGAUGACACUUCUUUUAGUCUCCGUAACAAAAUAACCUCCAUGAAAUCUAAGGGGUCAGGAAGCAUGGAAUUUAGCGGUAAUGGUCGAGGAAGCGCUCACAAAGACACAAAACCAACCAUCUCUAAGCUGUAUUCUUCAUUUGAGAGUAGCGGGGAUUAUAUAAGAAAUAACAAAUUGGUGUCAAAAACUCACAAGAAGGCCAUAAUCUCGAAGCCGAGUAUAGCACACCACUUGAUCAAGACAUAUCGAAAAGGUUCAAGAUCCCUACGAAAAAAUAUUUCUGCAAAACGAACAAUUAUCCCUAAAAUAGUAAAAAAGAAGAAUCCACUGGAAAAGGAUAUAACAGCAACAAAUCUGCGAAUACACGUUUUGUAA